GGCACCAUUGAGCUCGCCCGCCUAUGAGCCAGACCCAUUUCGCGCCGUCCAAUCGGGCAGGUCAUGUCGUUGUCGUUGUCGUCGUCGUCUAGGACACGUCGGGAGCCUCGGGCGGCUGAAGGCGCACAGUCGUCGGUCAAACAACCCCGCAUCAGGAGACUGCGACCUGCAGGCCCCGACGGGGCCACUGUCAAUGGUGUUGGAUGGGAUUUGUGCUCGUGCAGACGCUGUUGUUGGUACGGUUUCGGUUCCGAUUGUCGACCAGGGCGUCAUGUAGUGCCUCGCCAGCAAUGGCCCAAUUGAGUGCACCAAUCCCUAAAGUGGUUGGGUCGAUUGUGUGCAGCUGCCCCAGCUGGCUACGUGUAUGCCUAUCCAUUACUGUGCCUGCAUGUGCCUGCAUGACAAGGCCACUAGCUCCCCAGUUGUUCGUUAAAAUCCAACCGGCGACGCUGAUCGUGCUCCAUGGAGUUUUGAUUUUAUUCUCCACCAGGAAGAGUGUCACUAUGUCGACGCAUCCACGAACCGACAACACACGGCGACGACCUGACGAGGGGGGCGGCGAGGCGACGACAGCGACGACCCUCCAUUUUUCCACUGCGCCGCGCCGACGAAGCGACAAGGCCGCGACGACGGCGACGAUGCGCGCUCGCACCCGACAAGGGGAUGCCAACGGCCCAGGAAGGGACGGCGAUGACAAUGAUGCGAGAAUGAAGAUGAUCGAUCCCGACGACAAGAAGCCACCCUCAACCGAGCCUUUGUCGGAUCGUGCCCGCGCCGUUAUCGUAUUUAAUCGAUAGAACGGUCCAUCCGUGUCAUAUAUCUUGCCACAAAUUCGAGGCGCUCGCUCGCUCUCUCUCUCUUAGAGCACUAAAUGACAAACUUGAGACGGAAUUGGCGAAAAGCUGGAAGGCGCACACGAGUAAAUCUGUAACAGUUGGACGCUUCCGAUAGGGUCUUUUCGUUCUAAAAAGAAUCAAAAAAUAAAUGAAUAAAUAAAUAAGGAAAACAACUAACCUACAGAGAUGCAAGGUGUGA